AUGAAGCUAUCCAAACAGAUUCUCCUUCCUUUCUUGCUAUCUCUUGCACCUCAAGCAACGACUUCUCCUACGGAGGACCUCUCAGUACAAGUUGGACACCAUGUUAUUUUCUCAUAUCCAGGCCUUGAGCCACCAUCCCACCUCUUCGAUCUGGUUACUCAAGGCAAGGUUGGCGGCAUCAUCCUUUUCGGCGAGAAUGUCGGCGAAAACCUCAGCACGACAAUCGAACAAUUACAGAAUACCUACAGAAACAGCCCACACUAUGCAGGUAGUCCUCUGUUUGUAAUGACAGACCAAGAAGGAGGCCAGAUCCGCAGACUGCCCGGCGGCCCAGAAAGCAGUGCAAAACAAGUUGGCCAAGCAUCCAAUCCGAGAAAGGCAGCGACGCAGAUGGGCAAAGAUGCCGCUAGCACUCUUGAAGCUGCGAAAAUAAAUUUCAACCUGGCUCCUGUUUUGGACGUUUAUCGGAAGCCAGGUGAUUUUACGGAUCACACUGGUCGUUCCUUCAGUAACAACUCGGAUGUUGUUGGGACUUGUGGAUCGGCAUUUAUCAAAGCCCAGCAGUCUGCUGGUAUCAUUUCAUCUGCCAAACAUUUUCCUGGACUAGGCGCUGCUGGUGCGACUGAGAAUACAGAUUUACAACCGGUCACUAUCGACUCGAGUCUGGAGGUGUUGCGAUCUGUUGAUACAGCUCCCUAUAAAAAGGCGAUUGCCGCUGGUGUUGAUAUGGUUAUGAGUUCUUGGGCUAUCUAUCCUGCUCUUGAUGCCCAACAUCCUUCUGGAUUUAGCAAGGCUUGGAUCCAACAUGAGUUGCGGGGCAGGCUUGGUUUCAAGGGUGUCACUAUUACUGAUGCCCUUGAAGCGGGGGCAUUGGAGGCUUUUGGCGAUGAUGCCAGCCGUGGCCUGCUGGCUAGUCAGGCCGGCAUGGAUAUCCUGCUUGCAUCUUCGAGGAAUGUGACUCAAGGUGAGAGUGUUGUGGAUAUUUUGGUGGCUUCUUUGAAGGAUGGUUCGUUGGAUAUGGAGUAUUUUACCCUGGGGACAAAAAGAAUCAUGGAAGUUCGAAGGAAGAUUGUCUAA